CCUAUAAAUUUGAGAACCGUCCCUCUCAUUUUGCUUUUCGGAGGAACAAAAGUAUUGCCCCUUUCUUCUUCUUCUUCUUCUUCUUCUUCCAAGCCCCUCCCAUCAACCAACACGGAGUGAACCAAGUAAUCAUUUCUCUCCUUCUCUUUCUCAGAGAAACAGAGAUGAAAGAGAAAAGCUCAUUAGACUAGUCAUAACAGAUCUUCUUCUCGCUCUCGCGCCGACUGUUCAUUCAUUCCACCCCCCCCCGCGGAAAAUUGCAGGCUUCUCUGGUUCAGGGCAUUUGUCUUGGGACAGAGCCGAACGGAGACGGUGAAGAGCAAUGAGAGAAGAGGUCCACAAGAUCUCCAAGAAUUCGUGGCCGAAAGCGGUGGUCAGAAAAUGGCUGAACAUCAGAAGCGGAGCCCAUGAAUUUCACUCAGAUUACGCCGUAAGAGAUAAAAGAGCAGAGAGAAGGAAGAGCUGCUCCGACAAAGGCUGUUACGUGGUCGUGCCACAAGGAUUUUCCGAAGGGUGGCUCGUGGAAGCGAGCGACGGCCUUAAAGAGUCUAGCUUCGGCUGCGAAGCAACCCCCUUCGCGGGUACACUCAAUCCAAGGAUGUUUGUGGGGACAUGGAAUGUUGGAGGGAAGUCGCCGCAUGAGGGCUUGAACCUGAGAGAUUGGCUCAAGUCACCUGCUCCUGCUGACAUCUAUGUUCUUGGGUUCCAGGAAAUUGUGCCGCUAAACGCAGGGAAUGUGCUCGGGGCAGAGGACAACGGGCCAGCCGCCAAGUGGCUGUCCCUGAUUCGCCAGGCGUUGAACGGCGACGGGCCAUCCCAGACCGAGCUUUCGGACUCUCCACUGAGCUCGGACUCUCCGCUGAGUGAGCUCCAGCAGAGUCUCAAACCGAGGCUCAGCUUCUCGGACUUGCUGUCUCUGGAAGAUGAGCUUGACCAAGAGGACUUCGAGAGGGUCCUGAGCCUCAUGCCGAGCGGCAGCGAAGCAGGCUCGCCUAGCCCGCCUUGCACGUCAGGAAGGUACACGAGCCCGGUCCGCCGGCAUUAUUGCCUUGCCGCGAGUAAGCAGAUGGUGGGGAUAUUCUUGUGCGUGUGGGUUAGGGAAGAUCUCAGGAGGCACGUCGGCAAUUUGAAGGUGUCGUGCGUGGGGCGAGGAAUCAUGGGCUAUCUUGGAAAUAAGGGUUCAAUCUCCAUAAGUAUGACCUUGCACCAAACGACCUUCUGCUUCGUGUGCACGCACUUGACCUCUGGGGAGAAAGAAGGCGACCAAGUGAAGAGGAACUCGGACGUGAUGGAAAUACUGAGGAAGACGAAGUUCUCUAAUUACUCUCGAUCGCAAGGACCGUCUUUUUCGCCCUAUAGUAUUCUCGAUCAUGACAAAAUCAUUUGGCUAGGCGAUUUGAACUAUCGGCUAGCUUCGAGCUGCAGCGACAUGAACGAACUUCUCCAGAGGAACGAUUGGCAAGCGCUUUUGGAGAAAGACCAGCUAAAAAUAGAACAAAGGGCCGGUCGAGUAUUCAAAGGGUGGGAAGAAGGGAACAUAAAUUUCGCCCCGACGUACAAGUAUCUCGUUAACUCCGACCAUUACGCCGUUCAGAACUCCAAAUCUAAAGAAAAGCGUCGCACACCAGCCUGGUGUGACAGAAUAUUGUGGAGAGGCGAUGGGCUGAAACAGAUACAGUAUGUGCGAGGCGAGUCCCGGUUCUCGGACCACAGGCCUGUUUAUUCUCUCUUCUCGGUCCAGGUGGACGUCCCGAACCGGCCCACUGUCGCCCCAGCAGCCGGCCCGCUUCGGCCCCUGCCUGCUUCGUGCGUGGCCAAAGUACAAGCUGAAGAGAUGCUCCUCAUCACCAGAGCUCAGAGCUACAUCUCUGCUCCCAGGUUUUGAACACCCUCGAGACUCCCUUUGAAAUUUUUGGGAGAUCAAAGGUUCGAGUCCGUUCCAACUGCAUCGACAGGCUCUUGAAUGAACUGUAGUCCGUUAUCUGGGAAUCGGAUUGGUCGUAUGUUUUUUUUCACGGCCUUCAGAUCGGGUGAGAGUCGCUAUAUUCAAGGGCAGGAUCAGUACGUUGGGGGCCUAAAUCAAGUAAUUUUCGUUGUGCAAGUGCAAGUGCAAGUUAGAGUGAUGGACACCAUCGGAAAACCACAUGGCCGGCGUGCGAUAAGGUGCACAAUUCAAAUACAUAGCGAGGCGAUUGGUUCCCUCCACCAUACCAUCGGUGGAUUGGAAGUGUCUUACAACCCCAGCAGACUAGGUUGACGGAGGAAUUGCAAAAAAGGUCAUGCGUUUCCAUCUUUUUUUUCAUCUGGUGAUGGAAGCAGGAAGAACAUUUUCGAGUGAAGUGGCCACUGAAGACUCGGGUUUUCAAGAGGAAUAUUUCGGAUUCAGACUGUACAUUCAAGCGUGCAAGAUGGUGAUUCAUUGGUUUCUACUGAAGAACACCAGAUUUGCGAAAGCAAGAGAGGAACUUCUUUUCCUUGACGCAAAGACAAGGAGUUCAGUUUUGAGAACACGUCUUCUUCUCAAAUAUUAGGAAGCAGUGAAGGCUAGUUCUUGUGUUUUUCUUGUCCCAUUUUCUCAUCUCAAUGUAAAGGAUUCUGGGCAGCUUUUUGUUUUUCCCCAGAGUUUCUCUGAGAGUGUGUAGGAAGAGGGAAGUUCAUACAGCUGCUGCCCGCAUGAUUCAUGCAGCAAGACUUCUUUGUGCCAGAUCUGGUAAAGAUGUGUUUAUAUGGUUAUAUCCAUGUAUUUGUUUCCUCUUUCUAAAGCACUAGAAUCAUUUAUUAAGGAAAUGACAAUA